GUUUCAAAUAAUUGAUUUUCGAAAAAAAUAGACUAGCUUGAAUCUUUUGUUGGACAAAUUCUAUUUGUUGGGUUGGCGAGUAUUUGUCAAUGAAAUAAGAUAAAUAGCUUGGUUUUUCCCUGUAAAUCAUUGUUCAAUUUUUUCCCAAAUGCAUCAAUCAUAUAAUGUUAAUGUUUGAAAUUUGAUAAAACUACAAGCAAAAAAAAGCUUUACAAUAAUAAUAUUAAUAAUGAUGAUGGAAAUGGAACAGUUUGUAAUGGAAGAAUUGUCACCAAAACCAACAAUGACAACAACAAUGAAAACAUAUAAAGAAUCUUUUAAUAAUAAACGUCAACGCUUUUAUUAUUGUUCACCAUCAUCAUCAUCAUCAGUAAAUUUUUCCCAAAUUCAUUCCAUUAUCGUUUCUAGUCGACAACAACAAUAUUGUAGCCAUAAAUUUUCAACCACAAUCACAAAAAAACAUGUACCGAUUACAAAUAAUUUAACUUCCAACGAAUUGUGUUUGGUCAACGAUUCGUUACCACACAAUCAUCAUCAUUGUUCAUCAAUCAUUAUUUUUAUAGCAAUUAUUGUUUUUGUGUUUGCCGAAAUCGUUACACCGAUGACAACUUUGUCUACAAAAUCGAUGACUAUUAAAACGACAACUAUUCCAUUAUUAAUGGAUACAUCAUCAUCAUCUGUAGCAACAAUUUCUACAAUCUUAUCGGAAUCAUCUUCACCGUCAAUCAAAGAUACAGAUUCGAAAAUGAAAUUGAUUAAAAAAUUAUCCGAUCGUGAUGAACAAUUAUCAACAUUGAAUGCCGAAAAAGAACGUUGUGAACAAAUGAAUUUUACUCGAAAAUUACCCGUCGAUUAUUAUUUUGAUGAUUAUAAUUCAAAUCAAGAUAUUGAUAAUGAUGAUAAUAGUGAACAACGACGAUGUCCAAUCGUAUGGGAUGGUGCAUUAUGUUGGCCUGAAAGCGUUGCUAAUAGUAUUGUACAUCAACGAUGUCCAGAAUAUGUUAAAGGUUUCAAUCAUCAAGGUUGGGCAUACAAAAAUUGUACAGAAAAUGGAACAUGGUUUUAUAAUAAUGAAACAAAACGAUUUUGGACUGAUUAUUCGGAAUGUAUCAUAACACAUCCAGUUCAUAAAAAUGAUAAUCAAUAUUAUCAUCAUCAUCAUCAUCAUCAUCAUCGUAAUCAUGAUAAUAACUCCACCAAUCAUUCACAGAUGAAUAUUGUUGAUCAUGAUGAUGAUGAUGAAGUUUCAUCCAAAAUGAACAAAAUUCGUUAUCAUUUGCCAAAUUUUCAGAUUAUUUCACAUCUUGGCUAUUCGAUUUCAUUUAUUUCAUUGGUGGUCGCAUUUUUCAUUCUUGUUUAUGUCAAAUUUAUUUGCAGAAGACUACGAUGUCCACGCAACAGUCUUCAUCUUCAGCUAUUCAUUUCAUUUAUUAUGCGUUCAUCAAUGUAUCUGAUUAAAACAAGUUUAGAACAUUUUCCAUUUGAUCUUAAUCAAUUAAAUGUUAAUUCAAAAUUGAAAACAAAUACUUCAAAUAUUCAUGAUAAUCAUGACUAUCAUCAUAAUCGCCAUCAACAACAUUUGCAGAAUUCUUUAAUAAAUAGUAUAAAACUUGAAGAUGAAAAUGAUUUAAUGGUAUUGUCAAAUCUUUUGGGCAAUUACGAUUGGGAAAAUUCGUUUCGUACUUCGUCGAUUGCCUGUAAAGUAUUUACAACAAUAUGGCAAUAUUCAUUAUUGGCAAAUUAUAAUUGGAUCUUUAUGGAAGGUUUAUAUUUGCAUAAUGUUAUUUUUCUUAACAUAUUUAAUGAUAAUUCAAACAUUAUCCCAUACAUUAUACUUGGAUGGUGUCUUCCCAUACCUAUUGUUACGACAUGGGCAUUAAUGAGAUCAUUAUAUGAAGAUACACGCUGCUGGACAACAAAUAGUAAUUUGAAAAUUUUCUGGAUUAUGCGGGCCCCAAUCACAAUCGUUAUUGUUUUGAAUUUUGUCUUUUUCGUCAACAUUAUACGUGUAUUAUUUUUGAAAAUGUUUGCCAAAUCAGCAGCAACCUAUGCAAGAAAAUAUAAAUAUCGUACCUGGUUUCGAUCAACAUUAGUAUUGGUACCAUUGUUCGGUGUUCAUUAUAUGUUUUUUCUUGCAUUCACAACAAUCACAUUCAAUUCAUAUGAUAUAUUUGAAAUUAUUUGGUUAUAUACUGAUCUAACAUUUACAACAUUUCAGGGUUGUUUGGUUGCAUUAUUAUAUUGUUUCCUAAAUCAUGAAGUACAGAUCGAAUUGAAAAAACUAUGGAUAUCAUGUAAGCAACAUUUGUUAAGUAGACAUUUUUCACUGGGAUAUAAUCAUUCUACUAUGUCGGGUAACAAUAAUGGUCAACAACAACAACCACAGACAACCAAUCAUCAAACAAAUAAUUUAUCAAGCCGAAUUACAAAACAUUCGCUGAUAUCGAAUUGUAGUUCGUUUUUUCGUAGAGAGACGGAUCCAAAUACAUCAAGUGAAUUGAAUCGAUAUUCUAUUCAAUAUCAACAACAACAAUCACCAAAAUGUCAAAAUCAAGCAUCGAAUAAUCGACAAGAAUAUCAUCAACAACAUUCAAACAAUGGACAUUUUUCAAAUAAAUUCAAUUCACCAUUAUCAACACCUGCAUGUGGACAACUACGAUUACAUUGUUGUGACAAUGAUGAUGAUAUUCAUGACAAUGUAGAAGGAGAGGAAGUACCAACUGAUCCUGACAUGAUUAACAAAUUGAUAUUAAUUGGUGAAACGGCUAUCUAAAAAACCGACCAAUACG